AUGAACAAUAUUCCAGCGCCAAUGGGCGGUACCUGGCACCUGAAGCAAAACCCGGACGAGAGACAGAAGAUCAUCCAGAUCGUGGUCGCCACGCUCAAGGAUAUACAAGGGGUUGACUUCAACGAGGCCACCGCCAUCAAACAGGCGCAUGAUUUCGAGAAAUACAUGUUCAUGAAGUGUACCUCCAGAGAUGAGUAUCUCAAUCAGAUCAAGCAGAAGGUGCACCAGAUGCGUGGCAGCCUAAGAAAUAACUCGGGCCCCGGGAUGCAACAGCCACAGAAUCCCCAAAACGCUCAAAACGUUCAGAAUCAGCAGUUUCUGGCUCACGCUAGACAGGCCCAGGCACACCAGCAACAGCAACAGCAACAGCAGCAUCAGCAGCAGCAAAUCCCAGGUCAACAGAAUAUCGGGUUGGGCUUGGGCACCGACGCACCUAAUCAGGGAAUGAACUUCUUCCCGCAAAAUCAAAUGCAAAUGAGAAACGGCAUGAUGCCCCAGCUGCUGCCUCAGCAGGGUCACCAGCAGGUGCCCCAGGCACAGAUGAACCGGGCUGCCCCGCAACAACAGAUGCCUCAACAGCAGCAGCAACAACAACAGCAUCAACAGCAGCAAAAUUCACUGAGUGGUCCGCAGCAGGGCAGCAGACCUCAGGGAAUCAACCGGAAUAUUGGUAACCAGCUCACUCCUCAACAAAUCCAGCAGCUCAGUGCCAUGAUCAAAAAUGUGCCCAUUCCACCCGUGUUUUUGAAUAAAAUUCCAAACUUGCCUCCAAAUGUGAACACAUGGGCUCGAAUUUACGAUUUGGCCCAGAAGAAGGUGAUCCCACUGUCCAGUUUGCCAGCCAUUAAGGAAGUCCACAACGCACAUCUUCUGAUCGUAAUGCACCAGCAACUGCAGAGACUUGCCCAGCGUCGUAUGAGCAACAUGAACGGCGGGCCCGGCUCGGGCGGCGCAAUGGCAUCCACCUCUAGCAACGAUCAGAACAUCAACAUCAACAGCCUCAAUAACACCAACACCGGCAUGAACAACAUGAAUAACAUGAACAAUAUGGAUAAGUUGAGCAGACCUUCAACUGGUCAGAUGAACAUGCAAAACCAACAAAUGCAGCAGCAGCAAGCUGCGUUUAAGAACAACAGUAAUAAAAAUGAUCAGUAUACUAUGCUGAAUUCAAUGGGAAUGCAACGGCCUCAACUGAGGCAGAGUCAGACGACGCCCAUGAUGAAGCAACAGCAGAUGUCUAAUCAAUCAAACUUGAACAUUGCUGGACCAAACCCCGGUAAUCAGCAGCAACAACAGACACUUGGAAAGAUGCCGAAUUUCCAAAUAACUCCUCAAGACAUGAUGGAAUAUCAGGCACAAGCACUUGCAUACUUGAGUAGAGCUCAACAGGAUGGCAAGAUUCCACCAAACUUGGACAAUAAUGCGAAGCAGAACUUUAUUCGCAAGUAUAUUUACCAUCAGAAAGCCACGGCAUGGCGUAAUGAACAACUAAAGGCAGCACAGUCUAAAGGCAAUGGUUCUGCCCAAUUGAAUGUCGGGCCACAACGUACUCCCCAACAACUGCUUAUGGGCCAGGGCGGGUUCCCCAGCCAACCUCUGCAGCAACAGAAUCAACCUCAACAGCAGGUGAUGGGUGGUCUUCAAAGUAUGGGACAGCCACAACAAUCUCCCAUGAUGGGAAACAUGCAGCAACCUAAUGCAGCUUCCAUGAUGAAUCAGGGCAACAACCAACCAUUGUUUUCUCCCGUGAUGCAACAAAAGUUCCCAAUGCAAGGUCAGCAAGUCAAUUUGGGCAAUGUCAAUGCUCCACUGAAUCAAAUCAGAAGACCACAAGGUGUGCCCCCCAUUACAGAUGAGAUGAAGAUGAAGUUGAGGUCACUUUUUGACGAGGUAGCUCGUGGUGAUAGCUUCCAACUGAAGAACCAUACAACAUCUUUGUCUGACCAAGACAAGCUUCGCAUGAAAGAUCUUAUGGUGAAGAUAAAUCAACAGUAUGCCAACGUCGAUUCAGUCCUCAGCUACUACUACGUUCUCACUUCCGACAUCGGUGGCACCAAGAAAUUAAUACAGAUGAAGUUCAUGUCGAGAAAUAUCAUAGAGAGUUAUCAGAAGGGAAUUUACUUGGCUAAUCCCGAGAUCCUAGAAAAAUUGAUCGUGCAUUUCCAGAGGUAUUUCGAUGUGGUUAAAAAGGAGCUCACAGCUCGCAGGCAGCAGCAACAACCUCAAAAGAUUGACUCGACACAACCACAGAUGUCGGCUGCUCAGCAGCGCCCUGCUAUGAAUCAACCCACUGCUCAAAUGACUGGCCAACGCCCCAUGCAGCCUUUGCCUCAAGGCGAUCAGCGCUUUAUGCCACAAAACGCUUCCCAAGGGGCUCAGAGCUACAUGCCUUCGGGUAUGGGCCAGUUGCCCAACAUGGCUUCACAACUGCAGGCACAACAAGUCCCUCCUGUUCCACCACAACAGCAGCUGCAGCCUCAACAGCAACUCAGCAAUCAGAGGUCCAUGGGAGUUCAGCAACCUUCGCAACAGCAGUUUACAAGGAAUGCUACCUAUGGUCAAAUAUCUCAAAACCAACCGGACUGGCUGAAAGCUGUUAAUCCCGAACAAAGAGGUGCUCAACCUUCACCACAAAUGCAGUCGCAACCGGUGCCUAAAAAUACUGCUAAGGGGAAAAAGGCUAGUACUAGCGGAACUGCUGGUAGAAGAAAGUCUACAAAGGCUUCGGGAACGAUGCCAACUCCUGGCAACAGUGCACCUACUCCUGCGACUUUGGCUAAUGCGAUUAAGACACCAAACAGUAUGCCAACACCCCAGGUCAUUCAAAGUAAUAGUAACAAGGGAACUCCAAUUGAUGUUUCUCCCAACAGCGAUAACAAGGGGUCAAAUGUUACGUCAAAGGAACCUAUUGUUGGAGAGGUGUUCGGCGCGAAUAAGGUUGACUCCAAAUUGGACUCUAGAAGAGAACUCUCAAAGACCGAUCCUGAGCAGUUCUUCUUCGCCGCUUUGUCUAAUCUUCUCGAGGUAGACAAAGCUGAUAGUACGAAUGGAACGAAGGGUGGUAGUGCUGGUACGGAUCACACGAAGUCACCACUAUCGCCUAAUUCUGCCGAAUGGACUUGCGCCGUCAAGCCCGAAGCUAUCAAGUCAGCGUUUUGUCAGGUCGAUUGUAUCAAGGAGCUCACUGCUAUGGAGAUUUUGGAGGAAUGUGCAAAGAUGGUUGAUCGAGAUGCAAAAAAGAAAGAGGAAGUUAACUCAAGGAAGAGGGAGAGAGAAGAACCAGAUGACAUUGAUAUCUUGUUUAACGAUACAGACGCGAAGAAGAUUAAAAGCGAAGACUUCGACCGAUUCAUGUUUGAGCCGGUUGAAUUCGAUGAGUGGAAGAAUUGGCUCACUGGGUUACAGCAAGCCAAGGUUUGA